CCAGCCUUCAUCAUCGCCCUGUCCCGCAUCGGGCAUCUCCAUUUGCUUUCGGAACAGUUCCCCUCGACUACGACAACAACGACUCGCGAGUUUGUUUGGUAAAUACUGCUUAGGUCCUUGCUUGAGUGGCUAUCUCUUGCGGCAGGUUGUCUGAUCGACUCUUCCCCCCCUUUAAUCAACCGCUCUUUCUCGAAGACUUUACUGCCUAGUCAACUUAGCCCGACUGAGUGGCCAUCGUCAUCAUGUCUUGGGCAGGAUUCAAGAAAAAUGUCAACCGCGCAACGACGCAGGUGAUGAUGAAGACUGGCCAUGUGGAACGGACGAACGAUCGCGAUUACGAGAUUGAGGAACGGCGGUAUCGGACCAUGGAGGCUGCUGCCAACCGGCUACAAAAAGAAGCAAAAGGGUACUUGGAUUCGCUGCGAGCGAUGACCGCGUCUCAAAUGCGAAUUGCCGAGACGAUUGAUGCGUUUUACGGCGAUGCGGGUACACGCGACGGCGUCAGUCGGAGUUACAAGCAGGCGGUGGAAGAUUUGGAUGCUGAGACAAUCAAAGCGUUGGAUGGACCAUAUCGGUCAACCGUGCUGGAGCCGAUCUCGCGAUUCUGCGCCUACUUUCCGGAUAUUAACGAGUGCAUCAAGAAGCGCAACCACAAGCUCUUGGACUACGAUUCGAUGCGGGCCAAGGUGAAGAAGCUGGUCGAAAAGCCCGACAAGGACGCGACGAAAUUGCCCCGGACUGAGCGCGAGAUGGAGAUCGCCAAGCAGGCAUAUGAGCAAUUGAAUGAGCAGCUUUUCACGGAACUGCCGCAACUGAUCGACCUCCGAGUGCCAUAUUUGGACCCGAGCUUUGAAGCUCUAGUCAAGAUUCAGCUGCGCUUCUGUGCCGAGGCGUACUCACGCAUGGCUCAAGUACAGCAGUAUCUAGAUGCCGAGACUCGGGAUCAGUAUGCUCGGGGCGAUCUGGAUAACCGGGUGGAAGAAGUGUUGCAAGAAAUCCGAGAUCUGAGCAUAGCGGGCACUGUGUGAGGGUCUGAACACUGGUCUUGUUCUUUUUCAACGGGAGCGUUUCCAUUAUUUGCUUUCUUUCGCCGAUUUGCGCUGUCACAACUACUACCCUGUAGGCUGUCAUCUUCGAUUGAUGGCCGCCUCUAAUACUUUGACUUGCUCGUUCAUCAAGCAUGGGUGUUUGGAAGGGAGGGAAUAGUUCUCUCUCUUCCUGCUCCUAAGCUAUAAGUGGGGCCAUUUGUGUAUGAUUUAAUUAGACUUGGGGUUCGUGUUCCUGUUCUUGGGGAAUGAAUUGCAUCUCAAGGGUAUCUGUAAAACACACAGCUGGGAUCAUGGCCUCAGCAUGAAUAAAUAUUAUCUUCGCGG